AAAGGCCUGGGGACGUGCGACCAUCAACUCCCUGUGGACGCGAAACCCAGCCGAGAAAAUAAGCUUCUAGGAAGCACGCUAAAAGCCUUACCUACAGCCUUGCAGGUGCGCACAGGUGCUUCCGGGGCAAGCCCACCCCGAUCUCAAACACACGCGCUCGAAAUAUCCCCCCACAUCGAAGCUAUUUCGCAGACCUCGCUCCACCCUUACCGCGUACCAACAUACACCGUGGAACAUCCAGAUCUCUCCACCCGAUUCAUCAACUGAAUUCACGAGCCAUUGCGCCAUGACCAACCCGUCCAGAACCAGAGCGCGCGUGCGGCGCGGUACAAAAGAACGCGUCUCAUCCCAAUCGGAGCCCGACUGGUCCGACACCCCGGCCAUAGAGGACUUCAGUGACGAUAGCGAUGGCCUGGUGCGCAAGAUCUCGCAUUCGAAGUCGAUUCAGAACAGGAAAAUGCCCAUGUACUUCGAAAAGCAGCGCGGCCGCCCUUGGAUGCACGGCGCGCUUCCUGCAGAAGAGGCAAAGCCCAUGCAGCAGCCAGUGAAGCAACCAGCGAAGAACCAGGGGAAUCUCAGUGCGGACGACGAGAGCAGCCUUUCGAGCGUUCCGGAGGAGAGCCUUCUGGAUCCUAGCCUUCUGUCCCUCGACUCACUAGGAUCGUCUUCCCCGGCCCACGGCACCCGUCCGCCGUCAGCAAUCAAGAUUGGAGGAACACCCGCGCACGAGACAUCUUUCCUCGCCCUGAAGAAGUUCAAGCGCAGGGCGCGAGAGCCUAGUGUGCUGGAUAGACUGGAAAAGGUUACCAGGGAUUUGGAGCAUCACAUGGAGAAGAAGAAUAUGGAGAAAUCGAAGAAUGUCGCAAAAAGUCACCGUGGAACGAGCACACCGUCAACAGGGUCCUGUGGCAAGAAGAGGAAGCUCCCAUCAACUCAAUCAACACACGUCUCUCAAUCAUCCCCUCCGAACGUCGACGACAGUGGAACAAGCACACCGUCGACAGCCUCUACUGGAAAGAAGAGGAAGCUCUCAUCGCCCCUAUCACAACUUCCUCAAAGCUCCCCUCCGAUUGUUGCCCGCCGUGGAACCAGCACACCAUCACGGCCUUCGCCUGGAAGCAAGAACCAUUUCUCAUCACCUACUGCACGAGACAUCGAAUCCUCUCUUCCCGGUACACCCGAAAUGGAACCGACCUCGCCCAGACAUGCAUUACUCAGAAGAGGAGGUUCAACUGGGCCGCGACAAGUAUCCACUACCCACGUCUCAUCACCUAUUACACGAGACCCUGAAUCUUCACCCCCCGGAAUACCAGAAAAGGGAUCGACUACGCCGAAACGUGGAAGACAGCGGAGAGGAGCACCAAGUGGGCCACUGGCUGUUUCCACAACGAAGCUCCAGGCUCUGCUUCCGCGGAGGCGGGCGCAAACCAGGCAACGACACGGGUCUGGUGAUGAAUUGGGGAAGUCAGACGAUGACUGGGAAGUGCGGUCGCCGAUCACGGAGGCUAUGGAAGGACGACAGACACGUGAAGCAACAGCUGCAGAAGAGGCCUCCAGGACGAGGAGACCGUCCGGGGGAACGCCAGAUCCAGUGUUGGCGAGUAUCGCGAAGAAGUUCGCAGAUGUCGAUGCGUACGACAUGGAGUUCGAGACGGUUGAUGUCGGCGGUGGCAGUUCGAGUCCCUGGCGCUAGCUAUGUCUUCAAGGCUAGGUAGAUAUCGUCUGUGUAGGAUAAUGUAACGGGUAAGCCCUGCGUAAUCUUGCCUGGGAUGCCUUACUCGACCUACAUGCCAACCAAAGGUUGGCACUAGUUAGCUCAACAAGGAUCCUUACCUUUACAUAGAUUUUCACGAGGCCUGCUUAAAACAACGCGUAUUUCUAUAGAACCUAAGGC